UCUGACAAUUAUUCACGCUCCUUUUGGCUCUCAUGCCCAGUUGCUUGUCUAUCAAUAACAAUUAGGCGUACUGAUACAUUUGGUCUUGUUCAUUUAAAUAAGAUUUUCGUAAUUAAAAUCAUACCGGUAAAUGAUAGAUAUCUCUGUUUUGACUCCAUAUAUAUUGGUACAGGUAGUUAGGUAGUCAGAUAUAAAACACUAGAUGGCACCAAGUAAGGCAUGGAUGGAUUUAGUUGAUGAACGUAUCAGUGAGGAAUGUUUAGAUAGGAACAUCUCCAAAAAAGAUAUUUAUUUGGCUGGUGUAAAAAAGUUUCUGGACUAUGCCUUUAAUAGGACAGGUAGCUCUGAUGAAAUUAAAUGUCCAUGCAUCAGAUGCUGCAAUACAUACUCCAAAUCUCGUGGAGAAGUGUAUUCCCAUCUUAAAAUCUUUGGGAUCAUAGGAAACUAUAGAUUUUGGUAUCAUCAUGGAGAAGUUUUGGGUGAGCCUAAGACAGAUUCAGAAAUUGAAGAGGAUGGUGGCUCUUAUGAAAUAACUGAAGAAGAAGGUUAUAAUGGAAUGGAAGAGUUGAUGAUGGAUUUAUUUCCCCAAGAAACUAACCCAAUCAGCAACACUAUGACGGCACCAACUCCCAAUGAAGAAUAUGAACAGGAACCAAAUGUUGAAGCUGCAAAAUUCUACAGAUUGCUUGAAGACUUGAGCCAACCUCUUUAUGAAGGAUCUAGCACAGAUUCAGAAGGAAAGGUUGUUGAACCCUUCUCUUUCUAAUGUAGAACUUGUGGACAAGUGCUUCCCACCCACAAGGCGUGACCAUGUUGUUGGUUAUGGUGGUGGAAUAAAAGCAAGAGACUUGAGAAGUCCAGCUAUUAGCAAGGCUGAACUGAUAGAAAAACUAGCACAGUCUGAGCAAGAAAGACAAGCACUCCAGGAUGAUAAUGAAGUCCUUCGUGAAGAAAAUCAAAAAGUUAACAAUCGUAUGAGCCGAAUGGAAGAAGAAUGGGCACAAAUGAAGAAGUAUAUGAGUGCUAACUAUAGCCAACAUGAUUCACCAGGAUCAGCUGGAACAAGAUAUCCGGAUGAAGAUUAUUAAAACAAGACAAGUGAAUGGUUCAUGAGCAGAUCUACGUUGCAUGCAUAUGCCAAUUUUUAUAGCUAGUUUGAUCUUCUUUACAGGAUUAGCCUUAGCCUUUGUUAGUUUCAUGUUCUGGACAUCUGUUGCAAAAAACACGAAGUACUAUGAUGUUGGAUUAUUUUUGUUGCAAAUAUAUUUUUUUAACAAGCAUGCAUGCUUUUCCUAUUAAAAAAUAUAUGGUUUCCCUA